UGUAGGGCAACAUGAUGGAGAGAGUAACUUAAAGCAGGGAAGAUGUGCCUUUCAUACCCUCCUGCACUACACAGCUCGCUGGAGUAAAGUUGGAUUUUGGUAUUAAAAUAUUGCAACAAAUUCAAAAGUGAUGAAAACUAAUGGUCUCAAGCUAUCGGAAUUAGGCAGCGUAACCGAUUGAUUGCAUUAAAAAGUCUUACUCUCUACAAAAGAAAGAAAUAGAACAAUAAAAAAACACACCACUGAUAACCUCGUCGAUUCCUGUUUGUUUGGGGUUCCCCGUAUUAAUUUAGUACAGAUCGUUUUCCAUUUGAAUAGAACUUUGUCUUCUUCGACUAUCGUUUGAUGCGUCACCCGGUUGUACCAGAUUAGGGAAAAAAUACACACACACUUAGAAGACGUCACGUUUGGUGCAAAAACUCGUUCUUAUUCAACAUUUUAACAUCUUCAGUUCACGGACACACCUUCGCGAUUGUGACCCACCGAAGAAAGCAACUCGCACAUACGGUGCCGAGGAUCGUGUGUAGCAGCGCAGUGAUCGGGCACAGUAAGGCACGCGGGCCGCAUGCGGCACUUCUUUCCCUUUCCUAGAACCAUUCUGCAUUUAGCAUGCUGGUUUCAGCAUCAGUUUGAAUGUUUUUUUUUUUAUGGCAAACUGGGAAACCGCAACACUAACCGGAUUUUUGAGAGAUUUUGGUUCGUUAUUAUACGCGAUAACGUUCAAGGUGAAGGCUCGUGCACAGCAGGCUCUGCUAAGCCAACCGGCAAUGCGGCGAAGACAAAGGCAGGAGGCAGGUCCGCACAUUGGUUAAUGGGAGAGCGCUGCUGGGAACUCUUAAAUUGGCAUGCAUUUGGCACGCGCCGCAUCAGUCGUGCCGGGUUCGUCGUGUGUACGGGCGCGCGAGAAGUGAGUUGUCAGUGCGUGCUCUGGGGACAACGCACCAACGUUAACGUGUGACUGAACCGGUAGCAUAUUUGCACCUACCGAAAUUAGAGCCCGAAGCGCGAUAAUUUCCUAUUAUGGGUUCAGCUGUGAAGAUUCGUAACAAUAUGGCAUCAGCCAUGGCAGGAGUAGUGGCAGUCGCACUGCUGAUUGUCGCAUGCUGUCAGAUCGUAGUGGCACAGUACAACCAGUGUAAAGGCGGUGAACACUGCAUAGACAUAAAUGAGUGUGCACAUUUCGGACCACACCACACCGAUCCCAGCAAAUGGUCCGUCAGCUUGAAGCGCGAUUUUCGCGACAAGUUGUGCCACCGUGAAAGUAACAACGGAAAAUUUUUGUUCAAGGUGUGCUGUCAGCAGGAAGCGGACAGCAACAACCAUCGUAAGCGCAACCUGACGCUGCUCGAUCUAGAAAAGUGCGGUCCGUACAUCGAGGAAAAGAUUGCCAACGGCAUAGACGCCAUACUGUUCCAGUAUCCCUGGAUGGCACUGCUGCAAGACACGGAACUUGCAUUCGUUUGUGGCGGUACGUUGAUCAACAAGCGCUACGUACUGACUGCAGCCCAUUGCUUUUCGAGAAAAGCUAUAAUCUCGGUACGUUUGGGCGAGUUCGAUCUGAAGAGCGAUAUCGACUGCGACAAGCGAGGGGAGCGGUGCGCUUUGCCACCCCAGAACAUUGCCGUGGAGCGAACGAUCAAGCACAAAGACUACAGUGCGCGACAUAAGGUGAACGAUAUUGCGCUGAUUCGACUUGCAUCGGAGGCGUCCUAUAACGAAAAUGUGAUGCCGAUCUGCUUGCCAGUGUUGCCGGAAAUGCGCACCGUAAAGGAAAUCUACUACGUUUCCGGCUGGGGAUUGACGGAAAACGAUACAUCGUCAGACGUACUACAGGUAGGACUGCUCAGACAGCUUCCAAAUGACGUGUGCCAGCAGCUGCUGCAAAGGAAGGACAAAUACGUCACCGUCAAUAGCGAUCAGAUGUGUGCGAUCGGAGCGAAUCGGACCGACAACUGUAGCGGUGACUCCGGUGGACCGCUCAAAACGGUCGCUGUCAACGCACGUUUCGUACAGUACGGCGUGGUGUCGUACGGGUUGAGAACAUGCGGUAAGGAAACAGCUCCUGGUGUAUACACUCGUGUGGAAAAUUACAUCGACUGGAUUUUGGACAAUUUGGAAGAAUGAGUGAAUGUUCGUGUGUGUGUGUGUGAGAGAGAGAGAGAGGGAGAGAGAGAGAGAGAGGAAAAAAGAGAGCGAAAAUAAAACGCCAUUCUGCAUAGCUCUUGUCAACUUCUGCAGAGUGGGACACCGUUUAUCCGUGUUUCUUUCAUCCGUGUUGUUGAGAAAUUACAGUUCAAUACAAAGAUGACAUUGCGUGACGUGAAUGAUAAAAUUCACGAAAAUAUUCAAAUAUUGAAUAAAAAAAUAAAAAUAAAAACUUCUAAACUUCAAAGAAAUUGAAUUUGGGAUAAAAUAUAUACUUUGACCUAUUAUCCGUGUUAUUCGAGUAUCAGGAUCUACAGUUCGUCCUUUUAGCGGUUCCACCUUUGUUCCGCCAGCCACACGAGACCAACUAUACUUUUUCUAGAAAUAUUCCUCUCUAACGCAGGUAAGAGGGUUUCGCCAGUGAGACCAGGUGCCAGGAGGUAGGUGAAGAUAACAAUGUAUUAAAAUCUCUUGAAUGAGGAAUCAAUUUUAGGGGAGGAAAAAGACAGAAAAGAUGCAAACUAACGCAGGUGUUACUUGUAUCGGAUUAUUGACUAUCAUUUCUAUAAACGAGCCUGAUUAAUCCUUUGACAGUCUCACGAUUUUUAGAGUAUACACAUACCCAUAAUGAAAUAAUGGUAAGAAGUUCGUAUAAAAAAUAAUUCAGGACCUUUCUGCAAACUGCUGCUCACACCGAUUUAUGAAGUGACAAAUAUGCCAUUAUCAUUGUUUUACCUCCCUUCCCCUCUCUCCACGCGACGAAACGGAAAACAUAUACACUGCUCCAGUCUCACUCGGCCAACUCAUUCCUGAAUGACUUAAAACAUCGUAAUGUUUAAUCCCAUGUUGGGAUCAUUCGGUUUGGAAUGACAUUCUCAUCAUCAAUAGGAAGCUGUUCCAAAUUGACAUGAACCGUGUAAAAAGAAAUUAAUAAAUACUUUUUUUUUAUUAUUCAUUAAUCAAACAGCUUACAAAACCACGAAGAUAUCUUCCGCACCAAACACUGCUGGAUACACCAUGUAGUGUUGACGGGUAUGAUGAUCAUUUGAACGAUGUCCGCACUACACACAGAAAGUAAAACUCUGAAUCAAAAACAGCCAGCAAAAAUAGAUUGCAACUUACUCCCAUUCCCAUCGCUGAGUUUUCACAACACGAGUUAAAAUUAAGGACUCAUUCACUAAAAAUAAAAUCAACCAUUCUUGUGAUAUCAUACAUUUCAUAACAAAAAAAAACUUUUUAAUUAUCGUUUUUAAAUAUUUAUUAUAGAUUACAGUUCAAAAUUUUAGUUUUAAACCUGCGCGAAUUCUAUACAAUUAAAUAAAACACUAUACAAUAAAUUUCACUUUUUUACACCAAUUGACUUCACCUUAUUCGACUAGCAACAGAAAUGUAAUUUUACAUUUUUAAAUUUACUAUUUACUUUUGGUUGAUUAUAGAGCACGAACGCUCCAAAUAAAAGUCUAGUUUACCGUCUUAUGCUAGAGGGGAGACUAUAUUAUAUCGCCGGUAAAAUAAAACCCCGAUAUGUGGUAUUAAAGCUUAUAUACUGUAACAGCACUAAAGGCAGGCAUCGUGUACAUUAAAAAAAAACUGUUCUUAAUGAAAAUGUAACCAGCAAUUCUAUGCAGCUUCGACCGAUGUGCAAUCUUUUGGCGACCGAAAUAAUUAUUUUUAAGAUUUAAUACGUAAAACACUCACAUGAAGUGUCGUACAGGAGCUUUGAUAUUGAGAAGAAGCGAGCGAAACUGAACUUGGUUUUAAUAUCAAUAUACAUGUUGUUUUUGUUUCAGAUUAAUAUAUUGAACGUGCUGAAAUUAAGGAGAUUAUUUCGGGUGUAUAUAAUUUUGGAAUGGUACUGGUAUAAUUGUUAACGUAUCAAUUUGGUUGGGAAUCGAGCACCGAUAUCGAACGA